AAGAGCGGGGUCUACUUGUGAUUCUGGUUAUUCUGGCACGAGGUCUCCUUUUAAACUCUUUGAUUUCUUUGCCUACAGGGAAGGUAGUCUCGAACGAUACCGACAGUAUUCUUUUGUACACACUUUUAACUUGAUGUUUUUCAAACGUGGAAUCAAGCGAUCAACUCUGCGAUCAAUUAAACAUUUACGAUUUUUAUAAAAGUUAAGAAGAAGAAGAAGAGGAAAAAAAAUGAGAAAGUUACAAUUCUCAUUAAAAUUUUGUCUGAUUGCUCUAUUCUUGGUUACAAACACAAACAUGGAAUCGAUCCCUACUGAACAUCAAGGAUUUUUGACAGCAGGACAAUUCUUUGAGAACGAAAAGAAAUUUCAAACUCCGAUGCAUAAGGUCCAGAUGACGCAACGUGGAUACAUUCAGUUUCUUAGAUGGGGAAUUUCAGUUCCGGAAAUUCGGGAAUUCACCUUUUGUCUCUGGAUGCAUUCCACAAAUAUGACCUAUGCUCAAUCAUUUUUUUCCUAUUCUAGAAAUGAAAUGGAGAGACAAAUACGAUCUUGGAUCGGUCCCGGUGGACAAAGAAUAUUCUUGGAAAUAAACAACAAGGAAAUUUUUUCUUUUCCGAUUUCCAUGGAUGAAAAUCACUGGUAUCAUUUAUGUCAAAGUUGGCGAAGUAAAGACGGUCGUUAUGGCUUAUGGAUUGACGGUCGACUCGAAACAGAAGGUUACACAAAUGAGAUGAUCGGAUAUGUCAUUCCCAGUAAGGGAGAUAUUGUAGUAGGACAAGAGUUCACCGACUUCGACAAAGGACUCGAGGAAGGAAUCGAAGGAUCAGUUUUAGGAUUCAAUUUUCUACUGUCAUCAGCUUUUCAUUCACAAGAAACGACGACGACGUCGACGCCGUCACUCACAAUUCCUCCGUCAGUGAAUAUUUUUUCCCCCUUUCAAGAACUUAUUAAUACCCAAGGAUUUUUCCGAACCAAUGCUCAAGGAUUAAUCAACAUUAAUUCCCAGGAUUCGAAUAAUAUUAAUCGGAGAUCGCUGUACUUACAAAAUCCAUUUGUUUUCUACAGAACCAAUCCUCAAGCUGAGCAAGUGCCAGGAAUUGUCUACAAAAAAGCGGAGGAAGAAAAUAAAAAUCCGUUUGUUUUUCAAAAAAGUAGUCUAGUUGAGGAAUCACCAGGAAUUGUUUACAAAAAAGUGGAGGAAAGAAACAAAAAUCCGUUCGUUUUUCAAAAAACAAAUCCUCGAGUUGAGGAAUUAUCGGGAAUUGUUUUCGAAAAAGAGGAAGGAAACAAAAAUUUUGUUUUUCAAAAAAUUAGUCAAGAUGAGCAGUUGGCAGGAAUUGCUUAUGGAAAAGAGGAGAACUUCGAAAAUAGUCCAUUGGGAUUGCAGUUGGUUAUAAUUUCUCAUUCUCAUUGUGAAAUCGGACGAGGAAGUCCUUUUAUUGGUGGGCAUUUGAUGUUAAUUUCCUGGACAAGAACUCCCGUUAGAGUGUUUGGUGGAGCUAUAGUGAAACCCGUCAAGAGUGUGUGUGGUUAUUUUUCAUGAGAUUAAAAGCGAAAAUCAACCAUGAAAAUUAAACAAGGUGUGCCAAGUUUCUACGAAAAGAAACUAUUCCUAAUGGGAAAAAAAAGUUUUUCACUUUUAUUUGUAAAUAUUUUUUACUACGUUAGGAAAAAAAAAUUUCUUUUCAUCCAGUGCCUUCUACUCUCCUUUCUAACAGUAUUUAUUAAUUUAUUUAUACUAAUUUAUUCCACAAUUAAUACUUUUCUAUUUAUAUUUUUCUAUUUUUCUAA